AUGAAAGUCCCUAGUACCAAGGUCUCAAGAGGUAUCAGCAAAUACACCCACUACAUGAGUAGUCCAAAUGCCAAACUGAGUUAUCAUUGUAUAAAGUUGCCGGAGAAGCUAGUCUUCUCCGUUUCAUGCUCUUUGAGUGCAGGGCUUGUACCUGUCACAAAUAAAACAUUAAUUCAUUCAUUAUAA